AUGCGUUCGAGAAUUUUCGCUGAACGGAAUAUAAAAUAUAAGGAGGCAGUGGACCUGGCUCUGGCGCUAGAGGCUGCAGAGAAGCACGCGGAGGUGAGCGGCGCAACGGCUGUACCGACAUCGGCCUCCGGUGCAGGCGGCGAAGCAAGCGAAGGCUUAUUUCAAUCGAGCGUGGGGCUCAAGUCAGCUAGGCCGGUGUCUGGCGCUGGAAGGGCGCGUGUCCGGGAAGCUGCGGAGCUGAUAAAUAAGAAUCCGGUUUAUGUUCCCUUAGCAUUGCGUAAGCGCGUCGACAGUGAACUCGAGCGUCUCGAGCGAGAGGGAUAUACGUACCGCGUUGAUCAUUGGGCUUACGUUCGCGCUGCUCCACCUAAAGCUAUUUUACACCCGUGCAAAUUUCCUCUGCACCCUUGGCAGCGAAUUCAAGCGGAUUUUGCUGAAUAUGCGAGAAAAAAAUAUUUUAUAAUGAUUGAUGCACACUCGAAGUGGGUCGAAGUAUUUAUUAUGAGCCGCACUGACGCCGAAGCGACAAUAGCUGUGUUACGUACGACUUUUGCUAGAUUCGGACAUCCAUCGCAACUUGUUACGGAUAAUGGUCCCCCGUUUUCUUCCUUAGACUUUAAAAAUUACUGUCUUGUUAAUUGUAUUAUACAUGUAUCGACGGCACCAUAUAGACCUCAGGGUAAUGGCGCGGCUGAAAAUGCCAUUAAACUAAUAAAAAAAAUAAUUAAAAGAGCGGUUUUUUUAAAAGAGGAUAUAUCGAUGGCAAUAAAUAAAUUUUUAUUUCAAUAUAGAAAUUGUGAACAUUCGACUACUGGAGUAUCACCGGCAGUGGCUUUACUAGGGCAUCGGUUGCGUGGACGUCUCGACGCGAUUCGCCCUGAUCGAGCUGUAAUAGCCCGGGAAGCACAAAAUCGCCAACUGGAGAAUAAGAAAGGCACAAAUAGGUUAAUAGAAGUAGGAGACACCGUAUUAGCUCGUGACUAUAGAACAAGUAGCAAUAAAUGGUCAGAAGGGGUUGUUACGGACAAAACUGGACCUUCGUCUUAUAAAGUUGAUGUGGGAGAGGUAUUGAAGUGGCGUCGACAUCAAGACCAAAUAAUCAACGUUGAUAAU